UACGACAUCUGACGUUUUUCAAGUUUCUUGUGACAGAAGAGAAUCAUCAUAAAAAAAUAGCCAGGGGCACGCAGGACGAUGUUGCUGCAGACCCUGCCCAUGUGUGAUGGUGGUCAGGGAAAUGAGCUGGAGAUCUGCCUUACCCGCUGGAACGGGACGCCAUAUCCAGAGCUUCGAGCCGACGGGCGCUUCUACGCAGUGGUGCGGGCGGAGGAGACGUUCCGAGUACGGGUGCGGGCGCUGCAAAUGGAGUUCCCAACGAUGGUAGUGAAAGUGUUCGUGGACGGGAUAACGGUCGGAUACCAGAAGGUGUUGAUGAAAUCGCAGCUAGCGUCAUGGUGUAAUUUCGAUGGAUACUGGCAGAGCUCGACGGAGAAGAGGGCCUUCGUGUUCAGAACAGCGACGACGACGACGACGACGACGACGACGACGACGACGACGACGGCGCAACCAAGCUCGGCUAUGGCGGACGACCGAGCAGAGGGAGAUGCGGGACAGAAAGUGGAUGAGAGGAAGGGAGAGGGAGGGGACGGAAGACCAGAUUGUGGUGGUGAUGAUGAUGAGGAUGACCUGAACUUCAAGGAUGAUGGUGAUGAUGAUGGUGAUGAUGAUGAUGAUGAUGAUGAUGAGGAGGAGGAGGAGAAGGAAAGUGAACAAGGAGACGAGGAAGAGGGAGGGGGUAGGAGAAGAAAAAGAGCCCGCAAGAAUGAUCAUUGCAAUCAGGCGAAUGCGGCUGGCUAUGGCGGGCGUGUUCCUCGUCGAUCAGUCCGUCAUCAAUCGCCUCUCUUGAAGUCAGGUACAGUGACUGUCUGCUUCUAUCCCUCUGAAAUUUACAACUGUCCAGGCCAAGGAUGUCAGAGCUGCUCCUUAUUGGGCUUCACCUCUUCUCGGGCGAUGGCGGACAAUACGCGCUCCUCUUCUCCGGCUAUGGCGAGGGGCUCGUCUUCGUCCUCGUCGUCGCUGUCUUGCAGUUCCUCCUCUGUGACCAACGGCGCUUCUGAGUCUGCCAAAGCAGGGCAGGCGAUGGGUGGCGACGCGAGCCAAUCCUUUUUCUUGGGCAAAUCGCUUUCGGGCCUUUCGGCUAUGGCGGCCGUUAACCGCCAUAGCUACAGCAAGAAGGAGAUCAACAACGGCAAACAGAGGAGAGAGAAGGUCGAGCUGCGACAGAGUGACACGUGGAGGGUGCUUAACUGCUAUAAGCCGGUGAAGGAUGAUGAUGACCAGCUCGGCAAUUUCCGCUCGGCUGACGUGAAUAAGAGCUGGACGAGGAGGAAGGAGAGGGGCAUGGAGGAGAAGGAGGAGGAGGACGAGGUGGUGGUGGUGGUGAACGGAGAAGAAGAGGGAGGUAAAGACUUAGCCAAGGUCAAGUCAGUUCGCGUUAGUCCGAUCGAGAGGAAAGUACAGGCCAAGCUGUCGAAGAAGAGGGAGAUGGAGGAGGAGGCGAGGGAGGGGAGGGAGAGGGUUGAGGAGGAGAGGGAGAGGGAGAGGGAGGGGAAGGAGACGAUGGUGAGGAUGCUGAGGGAGGAGAAGGGAGAGAGGAGGUUGCCUGGUGGCGUUAGCAGCAGCUGGAAAGUUGGUGGAGAUACCCUGUCGAGAGUUCAGGCCGGAAAGACUUUGACCAAACUCCGCUCGGUCAAACCUGUGACUCAUCCCAGGACCACGUCGAACGUGCCGUUACUUGGAGUGUCGUUUAUCUGUCAGACGGCGAAGGCAUUGCUCAAGCAAGGGUUACUGAAUCCCAGCAAUCCUAACCAUCGAUGUAUUUUGUCGUUUAGCGAGUCCCCGGAUGGGACAAGCUGCCCCGAUUAUUCCAUACCGCUGCAGAUCAAACCAGGCACCCCCUCCAUAUCCGACAUGAAAAGGCAAACUCAAUCAUGGAAGGAAAGGAAGACAACCGCCCAUCCUCCUCCUGCUGCUGCUCUUGCAUCUUCUCCUCUUUCACCUGCUGCUGUACUCUCUCCUCCUCGUCCUCCUGCUGCUGCUGCUGCUGAUGGAUCCUCUUCUUCUCCUCCUCCUGCUCAAUCUUCUUACCCUCCCCCUCUAGCUGCUGCUGCAUCUCGUCGUCCUCCUCCUCCUCCUCCUCCGCCUCCACCGCCUCCUUCUCUUCCUCCUGCUCCUGCUCCUGCUCCUGCUCCUGCUGCUGCAUCUUGUCUUCCUUCUCCUCCUCCUGCUGCUGCAUCUCCUCCUCCUCCUCCCCCUCCCCCUCCCCCUCCUUCUCCUCCUCGUCCUCGUCCUCUUCCUUUGCCUCCGCCUAGCGCUGCUGCUGCAGCUCCUACCGAUUCUUGUCCUUGCCCGUCUCCCUCUCGCUCACCUCUGCGUACUUGUCGUCCCCGUAUGACGAAUGUAGAAUCUGUCCACAACUUGAAGCCAUUAAAGGGCAAUUCAACGAUCAGGGUCAAUUUGUGCUCCGACAGCAGCCGUGGUAAUAUGAAUAUGACCGAGAAGACCGUUUCGGCCGCCGCGAUCCCCAGCUGUCCUCGAAACGACCAGGAUCAUAGUUCCUUUCUUCGCCGUGCGGACCUCUUUCCACGUCAACGGCUAUCUCGCUCAUUAUCUCAUCAACCCUCCUCUCCACCUUCUCCUUCUCCCUCUCCUCCGACAGCUAUAGCAACGGCAGUUAAAUUAGCUACACCUACUACUGCUUCUGUUUCUGCUUCUCCUGCUCGGACUGCUCCUACUGCUUCUUCUUCUUCUUCCUCUUCUUCUUCUUCUGUAGCUGCUUCUUCUUUAGCAUCAGCAGUAAGAUCAGCGGUCGCUGCUGCUGCUGAUGGCCGUCCGUCAUCGAUCCAUGUUCCGACUCCUCGUCCUCUUGAGACGGAGGCGGCACGGUUAUCGUGCUCGUUUCCUUCCAGGCAAUCAUCAGCCGCCGGCACCAGUGACAUGGAGGCGCUGCUCCCUCGCAUUUCCCCUCCUCCUCCCUCUCCCACGUCCGCUCUCAUCUCGCACCUGCUUUGUCAAAGCAACCAGAUCUCGGCACGUGUGCCCUUCCCGUCCUCUGGGCGAUCUUCACCGUCGGGACAGGAGGGGCACCAUUACGAUUACGAUGGAGACCGCGAUUCAUCAUCAGCCUUCGCCGUUCCAAAGGCGGCAACUUCACCCAACCCGGAUGUCGCAAGGGAUCUGGAGAGAAGGAUCGCGAUCCCGAUGUACCUGAGCGAGAGGGACCACCGUCACCUUCGUGGAGAAGAGGGAGGAGAAGGACGAGCCGGCGUUGCAGUGUCCGCAGGACCGGUCGCUGAGAAAACUCAAGUGUCUUACUCCUCCGCCUACCGGUCGGCUGUUGCUCCUCCGUCCAACUCACUGCCGACCACGCCCGGCGUUUCCCGCAAGAGAGUACGAUUCGCUGAUACCCCCACGACGACGAAUGACAGCCGUCUGUCGACUGCUCAUCCUUGCUCCGCAAAUCUCAGCAGUCAGAUCGCACCGUUCGAGCAGCAAGGGGACAGAUCACAACUCCUUUUACCACCCCAUGCCACCACAGUAGCUGCAAUCAUUGCUGGUGGUGGUGGUGGUGGUGGUAGUGCUACCGUCGGAAGGGCUUCUUCAGGUCCUUCGUCGUCUUCACGUUCUUGUGCUCUGAAGAACCUGGCUUCUCAUUAUGGCUAUGUUCGUACCACGGACAGAUCCGCCUUAUCUCCAUGGGAGAAGGAGAGAGAUUCCACUGCCACUCGCAAUCCGAUGUGCACGUGUCCGCUGGUCACACCGAGUUGUGAGCGGAGCGUCAUCACCGCUCAGCUUCCGGACUCAAGUGGAAACAGCAGUCAGGCUAUGCGGGGGGCGCACGCUCUCCCACCUCGACAACGCGAGCUACCUCUCCAUACCAUCCCGGAGGAGCGUUCUACUGGUCUUCCACACCUUCCUCUCAAAACGCAACGAGAAAGAUCUCGAGCAGGCGUAGAAGAAGAAGAAGAAGUAGAUGAAGAAGAAGAAGAAGAAGAAGAAGAAGAAGAAGAAGAACAAGGCCGACAAGAAGACGAAGGAGAAGAGGAAGAAGAAGAAGAAGAAGAAGAAGAAGAAGAAGAAGAAGAGGAGGAGGUGGAGGAGGAGGAGGAGGAAGAAGAGGAGGAAGAAGAGGAGGAGGAGGAGAGACAACGAGUUUUCCGUGAGGAGCAAGAGGGCGAUCAAAAAGACGAGCUUGCAGAACGACACGUGGCAAUCGAUGGAGGACGAGAGACAGAUCAGGAAGUUGGAGUAGGUAAGGGUCAACAGAGCGAAGAGAGAGAGCCGCGGCGAUUGCUGAGGGAGAAGGAUCUUCGCCGAUUAUUCGGGAAUGGAGAACGGUACGUGGAGCUAGAUCAAGGACGCCAGAUGUCGAGAGGGGAACAGAGGAAGCAUCCAUUUGUUGACGUGAAUGGUCCCCAGGAGGUUGAUGAGUGCGCUGCUGCAAGCGGGGACUCGUCGGCGGCCAUGGCUAUGGCUAUGGCUAUGGAUGCAGAGAACAUACUCCGCAUGCGGAGAGGACGAUUGACCACCUCAGCGAGAGAGCGAACUGCAUAUGGAUUGGAGAUGGCGGAGGUCAGAUCAAUGCUCAGCAAAAAGCGGAGGAAGGGGAAUGGCCAUGGCUAUGGCUAUGGCUAUGGCUCUGUCUCUGGCCCUGGGUGUGGCUAUGGCUAUGGCGUUUACGCUGCUAACGGAGGACCAGCUGAGGAAGGACUACUAGCCCGUCUGCAAAGGGAGAGAGUGAUGAUAGGCAUGGACCAAGAUCCCAACCAGGAUGCCAAGCUGGAUCCCAACCUCGAUCCCAGACCCUUCAGCCUGUAUCCCGGCCUAGUUCCAAGCCUGGAACUGACUCUUGGGUCCUGGAGUACGGCGAGUACCAGCAGUGCCACACAUGGCUCACCUUUAAAUACCAGGGCUUGACGUUAACGGAACGGAACGGAACGGAACGGAACGGA